AUGACCCUACUUAUUUCCGAUUCGUUGCGCCUGAAAUCCAACCUCCCUUGCCCACCCACCGAGCGCCAAUUCAGGCGACAUCGCAGUCUUGUCCGACGCCUCGGACAGUCACCCGCAGGACCGUUGGUACCAGUUCAGCUGUCACCUCCUCACUCGGAGACUUCGGGUCGCCAUCACAGUUUGCCGCCACCUGUCGCCAAGUGGGAUUCAGACCAGAACCGGUUCAUUCUUCAAGAUCUUGCCACUUUAGAUUCGGGACGGGCAGGUAGUGAUCUCGAGUGCUCCUCUUUUGAGGUGGAGAGGUACGAUCGAGUUGCAAUAUGCCAGCUGGCAAUGUGGUUGGCUGUUUUUGAUUGCAACUACGAUCAGAUAAAAACUGAGGUCGUAUUUCCUAUAAUCAUAUGA